UAGAUUCCGUUCUUAGCAGUUUUUCCUGUUCCUCUCCGCCCCUUCUCUGACUCUUGUCCUUUCCACUUCUCCAUUCCCCGUUUCCUCUUUUCCCUCAGCGCCCCCCGCCCAGACCUUGGUGCCCACACAGACCAGUACCCCUCGAAUCAGGGCUGGGGACGUUCCCGGUGGAGAGGAAAGGGCUCGCAUGGGUCCUAGGGAGCCAGGUGGCGGUUCUCCCAGGUGUGUCUCUUGAGCAGGGCUGUGUGGGAAGGGGGUGACUUGGUCUUGCCCAGCAUGGGAGUCCCCUCCUGUGGAGGCAGAGCCCCAGUCACUGGACGCCUGAGGCGGAAGGGCCCAGACCGCUCUGCUCCCUUAGUUGGCCCUUCCGGGAGCCGCCUGGUUUCUAGCGCAGGAAGGGGAAGGGGCCAGAGCUGGGGGAGGCGUGGCAGGAAGGGGGGAACUCUGUGGUCAGGGAGCUGCUCACCAGCACAGCUGCGCCGGCCCUCAGCUGCGCUCCGCGUGCUGCCCCUCCGCCCGCCCAAGAUGAUUCCCACGGCGCUCCUGCUCGCACUCCUUUUGGUUGGACAAGCAGAGGCCCUGGGAGAGCCUCAGAUCUGCUACAUCCUGGAUGCAAUCCUGUUUCUGUACGGGAUCAUCCUAACCCUGCUCUACUGUCGACUCAAGAUACAGGUGCGAAAGGCAGCUGUAGCCUAUCAGAAGUCAGAUGGCAUUUACACGGGCCUGAGCCCCCGGAACCAGGAGACUUAUGAGACCCUGAAGCAUCAGAAACCAACAGAGUAACUAGAACAGAUGCCCUUGGUCACGUCCUCCUUCUGCUCCAGUUCCCGCCCAGUCCCAUGGUUGACACCACAUAUGCCUCCCGCCAUUAAUGCCCACAGACCUCCCCUGUAAAGACGCUAUGCCCCCAUGAAUGGACCCAUUGGUUCCUCCUCCCUGCCCAAGGCCUGUGCUCAGAUCCUGCUCAUUAAUGUGCGUAUUCUAGUCUCCCCUGACCUCCCCCUCCUUCCCUACACCCAGCUCCCCCAACCGCCCCCCUCCUCCCUCCUCCCAGUUCCCACCAGGCAAUGGGACAGGAGCAGCACCAAUAAAGCUGCCUCAGACUGGGCUCCA